UUGUUGUCUGAAACUCGGGUUCGACGUCGUGGUACCUGUAGUGUGGCGCAUUCACGUCUGUACGGUGAAAAUAGAAGUACCACAGGGACCAGCCGGUGCGGGACGGGUUCUAAACGUUUCCCGGUAGGUGUUCUGAUCAGAAAGUAACUUGGGUGGAAAACGACAAGACCUGGAACUUUUUCUACGCCAGGAGACACUUUUUGAGAGAGAGAGAAAAAAAGAAACAUGGCAGACGAGGAGCAACUCAUUUCUUCCACCACUCCUCUGUUUCCUGAGGGGCACCAUUACCAGGCCGAUCCAGACCCAGAACCGGACCUCGAGCCAAAGCAGAACCUCUUCAGCGCGGAUGACAUAGUGGACUUGGUCGGUGGGGCUCAGGACGCGUUGGAGCGGCACAUAGCUGAAGACUCAGUCCUGCAGGAGUUUAGUUUAACUUCCACGGAGCCAGAAGUGAGGGAACCUGAACCGGAACCCGCACCGGAGCCCGUUGUAGAGAGGGCAGUCCCAGACUCCAGCUUCUCGUUUGUUCCUGAAAAACCUGAAGUGCUGGCCCCCAAAGCCGAACCGGAGAGUACCCGUAUACUCCCGGAGCCACAGGCGGAACCUGACCCCGAGAGCGACGCCCUCCUAGCGGCUGUAGCCCGGAAAGCAUCGCCAGCCCCCGCAGAAGCAUCCGACCAACCCACGGUGACACAGGAACCAGCGGCUCCGGCGUCGUAUGUACCUUCUCCUUCUAAAGCUCAGCCUUGUCCUCUGAUGCAGUUCCCUACAGAACUUGGGCAGAAGGGUGAUUCCCCUGCUCCCAUCUCUCCCAUCUCCCCUCUGCACUCACCCGACUCUCUAGAAGAGCUUUCUCUGACUGAGAGUCCAAACCAGCCUCCUGCAGGAUCUGCUGCAUCCUUGGGCUCCUUCUCCAUUGAACCCUCCAGUGCUCUUUCCAAGGACAUGCCUUGGAAGGGUGAAGAUGUCCAUAGUAAAAAUAAGGAAGACCAUCUAGUUUCAUUAGCUGGUCCUUAUCUGAGUUUAGGGAAAGACACAGGGCCUUAUAAUCCGUGUGAAGACAGUGGCGUCUCCUUUUCACCUGAGGAAAAGCUGGUUAACUCAGAUAGGUCCUCCACUGGCCCCUCCCCUGUCAACCCCCACAUGAUGGUUCCUGAGUCUCACCUUGCCUCCUCUAACCCAACAGAGUCCUGGGAUUUACCAUUCCUUUCAUCUCAAGAUAACUCCAAGGCCCCUAUGGAUUCCUUCACCAAGGACACAUCUACCAUUAGUCCUUCCAAAUAUGAGCCAGAUGUUUGUGCCAACCACUCUGAUGAAGAUGAUGACUUGAUGUACGAAGUGAAGAGGAAUAAUAACCCAUUUGAGGGCUAUUCCCCUUUGGCAGACAGUGGCUACUCCCAUUUUGGAGAGCCCAAGUCUGAAACCCAGGCAUCCAAAAUGUCGGACAGUCCUACGCCAGAUCUGGUCCAGUAUGGGCAGAGCGGAGGGUCACAGGAGAAUCUACCAUCCAUUUUAGAUGAGGGUAAAACAUUUGAGACCAGCAAAAUAUCCAGUGAGUCACCCAUGCAGUCCCUAAAUCAAUUCUCAUCUGGCCCUAAAAACGGUGAUGGUGAAGAGGAAGAAGACUCUACUCUCCCACCAUCACUCCCAGACAUCCUGAAGUCUUCCCCCCUCAACCCUGAAAAAGUUGAUUCUGGAUCAUCUGAGGGCAGUCCAGAGGAGCAGAGCCCUAUCCUUGAGCGUCGGAUGAUGGAGUCCCCCAACCCUCCAAUUAACCUGUCUGCUAACAACCCAUUUGCUUUUGACACUAAAGUGUCCCUGCUGAAGGAAAUGACAGAGGAGAUGGAGGCAAGGGCUACAGAUAAACCAGAUGUUGAUGAUAAAAGCUUUGGUGCUUUUGAUCUGGUCAAAGAGGCAGAAGAAUCUACUCCAGCUAAAGUCAAAGAGGAAGCUGUCAAAAUUGAGCAGAAAGAUUGGUUCUCAAGCCAGGAUUCUCCCAAGAAUAUUGAAAAGUUUGAACCACUUGACUUCCAGAGCAAAAAGAACAUUGUGGAGGAUUCUGAUUCUGAGUCGCCAACAGCAGACUCUCUGUCUCCGGUCUUGGAGGCCAUGGCCAAGAAUCCUGCCAGCUUUCAGGUAGAAACUGACCAGAAUGACCUGAAGAUGGAGCUGGAAGAACCAGAAGUGGGCGAGGAGGUCUCUGAGCAUGAAGUCUCCUCUGAGGAGUUUGAGUUUAUUGAGAGACCACCCAAAGGCGUCAUCGAUGAGUUUCUUGAAGCACUGGAUACUUCCAAGUUUGCGUCCUCCAAGCCACCAGAGAUCCCCAUGGAUGAUGAUCUUAGCUUUAGUCUGAAGGAUUCAGGUUUAGCAGCUGCUGCUCCUCCAAAAGUAGCAUCACCCCUAGAGUCAAAAGAAGACAUCCCAAGUCAGAGUUCAUACCGCCUCCUCACCCAGGCUUCCCCUCAGAAGACCAAGGCAGAGCUGGAGAAGCUAGACAUCCAGCAGCAUGUGACCCAAGCUCCCCUCACCCGUUCCCCUGUUGGCAAACCUGAGGAGCUGGUCACUAAGAAGAGCAGCCAAGGAGGCAGGUUCUUUAGGAUCCCAAACCUGAACAUAAAAGCAGUGGUGGAUCUCCUGUACUGGCGUGAUGUGAAGACGACAGGUGUGGUGUUCGGCGCCACCUUGCUGCUGCUGCUCUCCCUGACAGUGUGCAGCAUCGUGAGUGUCUGCUCCUACAUCGGCCUGGCUCUGCUCUCCGUCACCAUCUGCUUCAGGAUAUACAAAGGCAUCCUGCAGGCCAUCCAGAAGUCCGACGAGGGGCACCCCUUCAAGCAGUACCUGGACCAGGAAGUGGCCCUGUCCAAGGAUGUGGUCCAUAAGUACAGCGACGUGGCUCUGGAGAAACUCAACAAGACUAUCGGUGAACUCAGACACCUGUUUCUGGUGGAGGACCUGGUUGACUCCAUCAAGUUCGCCGUGUUGAUGUGGAUUCUGACCUACGUUGGCGCCCUGUUCAAUGGCCUCACUCUUCUUAUCCUGGGUCUGGUCGCUGCCUUCAGCUGUCCCAUCAUCUACGAGAAACACCAGACUCAGAUCGACCAUUACUUGGCUCUGGUCAACAACCAGAUCAAAGACAUCGUAGGGAAGGUCCAGGCCAAGGUUCCCGGCUUGAAGCGCAAAACUGAGUGAAGGAAAUAAAAGUUUGGAUCCAGGAAGUCCUGUUGAGGUUGUGGGGGGGUCUGAUAUGAAGGAGGGCUGGGGGGGGGGGGGGGGGGGGGGGGGGGGGGGGGGUCAGAAUAAUAAACUUUUUUUCCAGUUCAGAAUUCCCUUUUGUUUUUAUUUUCAGGAAAACUUCAGUCGACUCGGCACCGCACGCCUCCUUUUUUAUUUAGUUAGUUGUUUAUGCAAGUUUAAGCCCCGCCUCUUUUCACUUGGGUCAUUGUGGGAGGUCAGGAGCUCCUCCAGCUGGGUGGGCCUGUUGGAUUCUUUUGUGAUGGACAGGAGCAGAGAGGCUUUAGUUUCUCAUGAAGAUGAGCACGGCGACUCAUCGCUCAGUGUGAGGUUUUUGCCUGAAUAUUUCCACUCUCAAAUCUGUUUUUGUGAUUCUUUAGUCGGUUUUUGUUUCUCAGUAACAUGACAAACGACGUCUCUGACUCCAGAUGAGGCGGCGGGGAGGGGAGGUUGUACUAAAGUCUUCAUUGCUUCUGAGUAACUGUAGGUAGAAACAUCUAGAAACCCCUUUGGCAUCAUUAACCACAUAAAACUCAUCACGCCAUCACCGCUGUCUCGUAGAAACUGCAACGUUUACAGAAACUUAUUUAAAAAACAAAUGGGAUUUAGGAUCAACGUGUCUGUGGAGCAGAGUUCUUCAUAAAGUUGCUACUUGAUGUGACUUUGAGAAACUUUCAAGCAUCUGUUUGUUAUGCAAGUAUAAUUGUGAAUGAUAAACUUCUUCAUACUUCAAUUGUGACGAUUAAAAAGCUCCCAGCUGGGAGUCGUGUUUGUGGAAUGCAUUGUGAGAUGUAAACAGUUAUCAAUAAAGCUUCUAGAUGAAGACAA